UAAUGCUUGAACAUCAUUUGCAGUAAUUAGAUCCUUCUUCGUCUAUUGUUGCGAUUGCCUUUCUUUGACUUUCUUCUUCGCCUCUUUUCAUGUUGGUUUUCAACCAAAUUCACCAACCAUUUCGGCUUACCAGUUUGGAAAACAACAUAUCCCACCGACAUUCCUAACACCACUCGGCAUCCAUAACCUAUCAACACCACUUUCCAACCAAAAGCAUUGUUUGAUUUUCAGCCAUCUUUUUCAAGCACAUUUGGAGGUGCUGGCUCAAUGAUGUUGCAAACUUUCGAGACCGGAAACCCACAUAGUCCCUUAUUCCCUUCAUAUGAAUCAUUUCCAAAUAUGUUGAAUUGUUGGCCUUGAGGAAUCUGACCAUGGAGUUGAUUUUCAGAAACAUUUAAGGACGAAAGAAAUGGCAGAUCUACCAAUCUAUUUGGAAUCGUCCCAGACAACCUGUUUGAUGAUAGGUCCAACCAUUCAAGACUGUCAAAUUCCCUAUUGAGGUGGGGAUACCACCAUUAAGGUUAUUAUGAGAAAGGUUGAGCCCUUUCAGUAAGUUAAGCUUCCCAAUGACCUUCGAAAUACCCCCUUCAAACUGACAGCAUGUUUGGUUCAAUGUAAUGGCAUAGCCAUUACAACCCUAUUCCAUGGGCCCACCCUAAACACUUGUUUGGUUCAAUGGAAUGCCCUAUUACGGGCUUAUUCCAUUACGUGCCUAUGCAGAGAAAUUGCCUUAUUUCUAUUCCGUUUCCUCAGCACCGAUUACUGAUUCGGUGUUUAAGGAAACGCUUCCUUUCAAAGACGAUCCCCACUUUGCCCUCUCCCCCUCUCCCACUUUCUCACCUGAAAAAAACAGACAGACAAUCCUUCAUCGCAGGGUCAGCUUGCAAGCAAGGAAAAAAUCGAGAAAGAACGAGCAAGACUGGCAGUGCUGAUGAAUUGAAUAGAGGAUAAUUUGAUGAUAUGUCUGAGCUAAAACAACAUGGUGGUUUUUUUUCCUGGAAAAUUGCACUGGUAAAUAAGAUUCUAAUUCCCAGAAUUGCAGCCAGGAAGUUUCAUGCCGUGGAUGUUAUAUAUUCUGAUGGUAGAAAAUCAAAGCUGCCGAUUGUUUUUGAUGCUAGCAAGUUGGCGGUCCCUGAAGCAUCUUUAGUCUGUUUAUCAUUUAGAGUAAACUCUCAGGCUAUCGUCGAUUCUUGGGGCAAGCCUUUUUAUGACACCUUUAGUGAGUCUAAGAGCGUGCAACUAUAUGAGACUUACACGCGACCUUUUAUUUUACUGCCAACUUCAGCCGUUGAGGGUCCGGGAAAUAUGUAAACUAGCAAAGGCAAGGCCGAGUAACUCAAUAAAUUUGAUAUUUCAGCAGAGAAGGCAUUGUUGAGAUUCGCAAACUCAAUAAAUUUUGACAUCUUUGGUUAGAAAGAGUUGGAAUCUUUAUCGCAAUAUGGGUUAAGUUUUGACAUCAUUUUAUUAUGAUUUCGGAUUGUCCCCAAUUGGUCUCUUUGGAAAUAGAAGAGAUAUUGCAACUUGAUGACAAGAUUUCGAGUGUUGAAUAUAUAGAAAUAAAAUGUUUUUGCCUUUUCUUUUCGAUGCUGCAGUGAUCCUAAUACCAAUGGAUAAGUAGAAAAUUAAAAAUUUCAAA